UGUUCUGGUUCUCAAGAAAGUCAUGGCUGCUGUAGUCCCGUCAGCUAUCUUCCUGACUAUAAUAGUCAAGGUUUUACUUCGGCCAUCCUUUGGAGAAAAAUUCCCCGAGCCCGUGUUAUUUCUUCCUCUCAAUAAACAAUACGGUACACGAGACAUCAGUAAGAGCAAUCUACCUWCGACGGCUGCUGGCGUAACCUUGUCUCCUGGACGAGAUGGUAAACCAGGCGGGUCAUACUACUUCCCAGGAAGCGAUAUCAGUUUUAUUGAGGUUCCUAAAGACCCGAAAACUGACACCAGGUAUUCGAUGACAAUCACUCUGUGGAUCAAUAUUCAGAGCGGAUCUGGAGAGGGUCCAAUCCUCCAUUAUGACACAGAGAGUGCGGCGUACGCAUUUCACCUUUACUCUCUAACAGACGGAAAUGUUCACAUUCGGCAUAUGAACAGACUAGAUGGCUCAUCUCUCCAAUAUAUGCGAACAACAACGUUAAAACUAGACACUUGGGCGUUCUUCGCCAGUACAUACGACAAUAACACGGGUAUACAAAAGCUAUACGUGAACGGURCAGAGAUCGAAAAGUUGGCUAUUGGCAAGUCGGAACGUAAAACACACUACAAGAUCAAAAUAGGAGGCCGGAAAAACACAGAUAACAGACCKCUGUUUAAAGGAAAGAUUUCAUGUCUUCAAAUAUACAACAAAGCCUUGAGUGCAGAUCAAAUUUGGACAGCGAAAAAAUUCUGCGAUAGAACUGAAUAUCCCGAGCCCGUGUUAUUUCUACCUCUCAACAAACAAUACGGUACACGAGACAUCAGUAAGAGUAAACUAAAUACGACGGCUGUUGGUAUUACAUUGUCUCCUGGACCAGAUGGCAAACCAAACGGGUCGUACUACUUUCCAGCUAACGAAAACAGUUAUAUUGACGUGCCAAAAGACGCAAAGACAGAUACCAGGUUUUCGAUGACAAUCAUUCUGUGGAUCUACAUUAAGACCGGGUCCGGAGAGGGUCCAAUCCUCCAUUAUGACACAGGGAGUUCGGCGUUCGGAUUCCACCUUUACGCCCUUUCGAAUGGAAAUGUUCACAUUCGGCAUAUGAGAAGAGAUGGUUCCCAUUUCCCGGAAAUGCGGACAAAAACGUUAAAACUAGACACUUGGGCGUUCUUUGCCAGUACAUACGACUAUAACACGGGUAUACAAAAGCUAUACGUGAACGGUGUAGAGAUCGAGAAGAAGGUUAUUGGCAAGUCGGAACUUAAUACAAACUACAAGAUCAAAAUAGGAGGCUUGAAAACUGCUUAUAACAGAGCGAUGUUUAAAGGAAAGAUUUCAUGUCUUCAAAUAUACAACAAAGCCUUGAGUGCAGAUCAAAUUUGGACAGCGAAAAAAUUCUGCGAUAGAACUGAAUAUCCCGAGCCCGUGUUAUUUCUACCUCUCAAUAAAAGAUACGGCACACAAGACAUCAGUAAGGGCAGUCUACCUACGACGGCUGUUGGUGUUACUUUGUCUCCAGGACCAGAUGGUAAACCAGAUGGGUCAUAUUACUUUCCAGGAAGCCCAUCCAGUUACAUUGACGUACCAAAAGAUCCGAAAACAGACACAAGGUAUUCUAUAACUGUAAGCGCGUGGAUCUAUAUCCAAGGGGUUGAAGGUCCGAUCUUACACUACGACACAGCAGAAGGUGCUUAUGGAGUUCAUAUUUACAUAACAGGUGUUUCAGACAUAUUUGGUCGUGUGGCAAAAAGGAAUCUGUUUAAUUGGGCUUACUUGCACGAAACAUUGUCACCAACAAACAACAGUUGGAGGUACUUUGCCUAUACAUACAACUACAACACAGGGAUCCAAAAGCUCUUUGUUGACGGAGUUGAAGYAAAGAKUGAAAAUGUUGGCAAGUCUGAGAUAGCUACGCAAUAUAAGAUCAAAAUAGGAGGACAAAAGUAUGGAGACAUUCACCGUCUUUUCAAGGGAAGAAUUUCAUGUGUCCAAAUAUACGAUCAAGCUUUGGACAGAGACCAGAUUCUGCAAGCGAAAACAUACUGCAACAGAAAUGAUCUCUACCAGUCGUGUUUUCAUUAUGAAACUAUAAACGAUCCCUCAAGAUCAUUAGGAAACAGCCUCGGCAACCAGCAACCUUCUGACAAAAGAUCGCUCAGUCGUACUCACUGGUAUCGACUGACGGGAAAAAGAAUCAGUUCAACUUGCCCCAAAUCAGAUUCUUGUGGAACCCAGACUCCUGGAUGGGUGAACGACACAUACCCGAGGCGGGAAGAUGGGAUCAAAAAGAUGGAUCUGUGYUAUCGUACUGCAGGCUCAAACUGCUGUGCGUCGAAAGUCAUCGUKUUCGUAAGACAGUGCUAUGGAUAUUACGUGUUCAAGUUUGAUGAACUACCAGAUCAUGGACGUUUCUGCACUGAAAAAGAUACUAAAACGUUCAGUAACGUGAUGUUCAUGUCCACCUAUGAGCGAUGCCUGACAGGUCACGUGUUUUAUAAUGAGAGUGAUGUCACAGAUGCCUCAAGAUGCAUUGGUUAUUGCCUGACUGCUGGAGACAACUGCAAGUCUGUAAAUUUCAUCAAUGAAGAGAGUGGAAAAUGUCAGCUUAAUAAUGCAGUUAAAGCAGAAGGACAACUGAAUAUGGACAGCAAGUGCAGUUACUACGAAAUGAUUUGACUCUCCAUGUAAAAAAAGUGAAUUUGAUUCUGAUUCUUUUGAUUUACUUAAUCAUGCACCAGUUGCUCUUCUGUAUUCUAGCAUUGCUCAUGUCGCCACUGCUUCUUUUCUUGCACUAUUUUAGCUCUCUUUUAUAUCCAUUUCCAGUGCUCAUGACUCACUUGCUUUUAGUCAUAUUGCUCUUGCUCUUUCCAUGCUCUWGGCUUCCCACAAUGUUGCUUUAUUUCUUGUUUUUCUUCCCUUGUUGUUCCUGAUCAAUCUUGUUUUUAUUCUUYGCGUCUUUAAUUUUUCUUUCAUUUGCCCUUACCUAAGCUCUGAGGAACUAACCAGAAAGAAUCUUGAAGUUAUUGUAUGAUUUAUUGUAUGCGUGGGGCUCCUUUUUAAUUACUUCAAGCAAGAUCAAUUUCCUUUGCGCUUCUUCAAGUGUUCCUCAGACGCACCUCAUGCAAUUAUGAAAAKUAUUGUGACAACCAAAGGAGAGYUAUGGACAGUACAAAUAUUGACAAGCAGAAUUUUGAUAGAAAUUAGAACAAAACUUAUUUGUACUUUARAAAUCUAAUCAAUGUAUGUAAUGGAAAAUUAUGCCCUGGUUUUGAAAUAAAUUGAUAUAGUUACUUCCCA